AUGACAACAAUGCGGAAAUCAUCUUUUCUCUUGACAGCCUUAACAAUUCUCAUGUCUAUUUCAACUGCAAUAUCAUCACAUUCACCCCUUCAGAAUUUCCUCACUUGUUUUUCUCAUAAUUCUCAUGCUUCUAAAGUUAUCUACACACCAAACAAUACCUCAUUUUUAACCAUCCUAAACAAGAAAAUGUAUAACAAGAAAUUUCAAACACCAACAACACCAAAACCUUUGGCAAUUAUAGCUGCAAAAGAUGCUUCUCAUGUCCAAGCAACUAUUAAAUGUGCCAAAAGUAACAAUAUCCAAAUCAGAAUCCGAAGUGGAGGCCAUGACUAUGAAGGUUAUUCAUAUGUAUCAGACGUGUCUUUUGUUAUAAUCGACAUGUUUAAUAUCAAUUCAGUUGAUAUUAAUUUACAAGAAGAAACAGCAUGGGUUGAUUCUGGUGCAACACUUGGUGCUGGUGGCCAUUUUUCUGGUGGUGGGUAUGGAAAUAUGAUGAGAAAAUAUGGUCUUUCUGUUGAUAAUAUCAUUGAUGCAAUCAUAGUUGAUGCCAAUAGUAACAUCCUUGAUAGAAAAUCAAUGGGGGAAGAUCUCUUUUGGGCUAUAAGAGGUGGUGGUGGUGCUAGUUUUGGUGUUAUUCUUUCAUGGAAACUCAAAUUGGUUCAAGUACCCUCACAACUUACUGUUUUCAAUGUGAAAAGGAGUAAAAAAGUAGUGCAACUUAAUUUCAUUGGUCAAUUUUUGGGAACAACAGAAAGGCUUUUAUCCUUGAUAAAGGAAAGUUUUCCCGAAUUAAAUUUGAAAAAUAGUGAUUGUUUUUCAAUGCCUUGGAUUAAUACCACUCUUUUUUGGUACGAUAAACCAUUUGGUACUCCUCUUGAAGAAGUGUUGGUGGAAGGACCUCCAUCAAUUUAUUUCAAAAGUAAAUCAGAUUAUGUGAAGAACCCUAUUCCAAAGGUAGUUAUAGAAUCUUUAUGGAAAAAAAUGAUUGAAGGUGAGACUAUGUAUAUGGAUUGGAAUCCUUAUGGUGGAAGAAUGAAAGAAAUAUUGCCAUCACAAACUCCAUUUCCACACAGAGCUGGAAAUUUAUUCAAGAUUCAAUAUUUUAAUAGAUGGAUUGAUGGAUCUCCUGAAUCUAUUGGACGUCAUGUGAACUUUUCAAGGCUGAUUCAAAAAUUCAUGACACCCUAUGUUUCAAGUUCUCCAAGAGAGGCAUUUCUUAACUAUAGGGAUGCUGAUAUUGGUGCCAAUAUUCCAAGUAAUAUAACGAAAUUUGACAUUGCUAGAACUUAUGGAAGGAGUUAUUUCAAAGCAAAUUUUGAAAGAUUAGUGAGUGUGAAAACUAAGGUUGAUCCCGAUGAUUUUUUCAGAUACGAACAAAGUAUACCUACAAAGACAUAUUAA